GGUCCUGGGAGGGCGGGUUUGGAGGAGCCGGGGCGGAGCUUCCCAAGGCUUUGAAUCAAAAGUUGGGGCGAGACCCGGCUCCCGCAGUUUCGGUUCUACUUUGCAGGCGUUUCUGUCGCCGCGGUCGCCAGAGGCUGAGAGGAGCCCGGGAUCUCAGACCUAAGCCAGUGAAAAAUACCCCUGAACAAUGGGUGCAACAUUCUCCCAGCUGGCCUCUCAGGAGGAUGAGAACAAAUUGAUCCUGCCCCCUGACCCAGCCUUUGGCAGCAAGGCUGCCAGCUACUCCAGCACUGGCAACAGCAAGCCUUUCUGUUCCUGUGUGCCAUGUGACAGGGCUGCUGGUACUGGCUUUGUAACUUGUCCCACCUGCCAGGGCAGUGGGGAGAUUCCUCGAGAGCUAGAGAAGCAGCUGGUGGCCCUUAUUCCCUAUGGGGACCAGAGGCUGAAGCCCAGGCACACGAAACUCUCUGUGUUCCUGGCAGUGUUCAUCUGCCUGGUGACCUCCUCCCUCAUCGUCUUUUUCCUGUUUCCCCGGACAAUCGCCGUGCAGCCUGUGGGCCUCAACUCCUCCACGGUGGCCACUGAUGAGGCCAAUGUCUACCUCAACAUAACGAGUAUCUUGAAUAUCUCCAAUAACAAUUACUGCCCUAUCACUGUGACCCAGCUGACCAUCGAGGUUCUGCACCUGUCCCUCGUGGUGGGACAGGUCUCCCACAGCCUCCUCCUCCACAUCGGCUCUUUGGCCAGUGAACAGAUAUUUUAUGCAGUGGCCAACAGGAUAUGGGAUGAAAACACAUACAAAAUCUGUACCUGGCUGGAAAUCAAAGUCCACCACGUGCUUUUGCACAUCCAGGGCACCCUGACCUAUUCCUACCUGAGCCGUUCCGAGCAGCUGGUCUUCCAGAGCUAUGAAUAUGUGGACUGCCGGGGAAACACGUCUGUGCCCCACUUGCUGGUCUCUCACCCGCCGUGACCUGUCUGCUGCCCUCAACUCCAGUCGCCUGCCGGCCUGGUCUGUACCUCCCACAACUCCGUGGUGCCCAGUAGGACAAUAGUAACUUUGCCAAAGGAAAAACCCUGCUUUAUCAUACCCUCCCCACCCCAUGCACCCCCAGCAGAGGAAGCUUCCUGUGGAAGUUAACUUCAUAUACACUCAUACAGCCCUACACACUGUCUCUUUCUCAUACAUACACCCAUACACACAGUCUCUCUCUCUCUCUCUCUCACACACACACAAAUACACACACACACACACCCUCUCUGAUUUCCACAGGAUCAGAAGCCUGAUUCUGCUAGAGGCCAGCACCAGAGGCCUCUGGUUUGGUCUUGAGCAAAGUCUGACCCAACGUUUCCUCAGAGCUGCCUCAGAGGCGUGGAGCAGCACCCACCUUCCUAUGCUGAGCACCUUGGUUGCCUGGUUCCUCCAGGGAAGGCCUUCUUCAUGCCUGAAUGCAGAGAAAACUUUCAUUUUAUCUGGUUUGACUCCAUGGAUCCUUUUCCAGUUCUCCACCCAGUGAUGGGAAUGACUUAGGGAUCAGCCCGUGCUGUCACCAGGGCCUUUUGCUUUGGUCAUGUGACAGAUUGUUGGUGAUGGCCUGCUUCUCUCCUGGUAACUUGUUGCCCACCCUUUGGCCAAGGCCCUUUGGCUCUGCCUCCUUCCUGGUUAUAGAUGGUCUGGGUCUCCAGGAACAUAGAGCUGUUCUGCAGCUAAAGCUUCUCUUCUCCAUAAAACACUUUUAGCAAUAUUAUUCUCUGCACAGCAGGAACAAAAGGAGAGGAGGGAAGGGAGGCACCUGGCACCCUCUGGGCCUGCACAGGAAAAACAGAGACAAAGCCAGAGUCAUUUUAAAAGGUAUUUAUUGAAGGAGGUCACAACCUUGAGCCCAUGUGAGUGGACACAGACAGGUCAGAUGGUGCCACAGUCGCCUGUACUAUGGUUUCUAUCACUCAGACAAGCAGAGAGAUGAGCUUGGAUGGUGGGGAAAGUUGAACUUGAAGUAGGAAGGAUGGAGAAAGGGAAUUGGGGACAGAACCUGAUGAGUAGCUGACCAGGGGACAAGAGGAAGGAAGGAGUUCAUGCCGUCUGCACGCUUUCAUGCCUGAGUAACGGGUCAAAGUGGUGCUGGCAACAGCAUGAAAGUCCAUGAAGUCCAGGCUGGAGCUUGUGCUCUGUGGAGUUUGGAAAAUGUAAAGGAUUUGUAUUGUAUUCACUAAACUAUACUUAACAGUGUUUAAAAAAGAAAAAUAAAGGUCUCCUAUAAUUGGGAAGGGAGCUGCUGGUGGACACUCCCCGUC